UUCACAGCAAGGAGACACAAAUCACCCAAAAAAUUUUCCACCGCUCAAUCUUUUGAAAGUGAAAACAUAAAAUUACAUUUGCUGUGCAUUUGUACUGUCUUACACGAAAAAAAAUUCUAAAAAAAAAUCGAUUACAUUCUUGUUUACAUUUAUCGGCGGACAGUUACAUGACUGAGCAUUGUUUAUAUUGUGUCGUUUGUGCGUGUGUUUGAUUGUGGUUUAUAUUUUGGUAAUUUUUUUUAUAGAACAGAAAGUCAGAAACAUUUGUAAUGCGUAAGACGCGAUCUCAAACCCAUGCAGAAAAUGCAAUACUUUCGGGGACGCGAGGAAAUUCUCGCUCCGGUGUCGUGUCCUCUUCCACUUCAUCGAAUUCAUCGGCGACUCAGCAACAACAGCCGCAACAGCAUUCGCCUCAAUAUCAAAUGAAUUCCAACAAUUCACAACAGAAACGUACCAACACACAACAGUCGGCGGCUUCUGGGCCAGGCAGCGUCUAUAUUGAUCCUGCCCGGAUUAAGGAAUGUGAGGAGAAACUAAGCCUUCUUCGAGUGGUAGAACUGCAAAAAAUUCUUUCAUAUUUGAAUAUUUCUUUUACUGGACGAAAAGUCGAUUACCAGAGGCGCAUCUUAUCCUUGUUACGUACAAAUUUUGAUUGGAUUGCUCCCAAAAUACGUGAAGUCUACACACAAUCCAUAGUUGAACAACAAUCCAAUCAAUUUGGACCAACAGAUCCGAAGAGAAUGUUUUCACAAAUGCACAUGCAAGCCAAUGCUGCCGGCAUGGUGGGUGCUCCACCCAUACUAAAUCCAGCCAAUGCAGCAGCUUUGCAAACCGGGGUACCACAAGGCAAUAAUGUGGUUCCUUUUAUGCACGCCAUACCCUCACAGAUGCCCAUACAUCCAGAUGUGCGCCUCAAGAAACUGGCCUUUUAUGAUGUUUUGGGUACCUUAAUAAAACCAUCGUCCUUGGUGCCGCGUAAUGCUCAACGUAUACAGGAGGUUCCAUUCUACUUCACAUUGACACCACAACAAGCCACAGAAAUUGCAUCAAAUCGUGACAUACGCAACAGUUCCAAAAUUGAACAUGCCAUUCAAGUGCAAUUGCGUUUUUGUUUACUGGAGACAUCGUGUGACCAAGAGGACUGUUUUCCACCUAGUGUUAGCGUUAAGGUCAACAACAAACUUUGUCAACUGCCGAACGUCAUUCCAACAAAUCGUCCAAAUGUGGAGCCAAAAAGACCACCUCGACCAGUUAAUGUCACAUCAAAUGUGAAACUAUCGCCUACAGUUACCAACACAAUUACAGUCCAGUGGUGUCCCGACUAUACACGAAGCUAUUGCAUUGCAGUGUAUUUGGUUAAGAAAUUGACAUCAGCCCAGUUAUUGCAAAGAAUGAAACAAAAGGGUGUUAAACCUGCCGAUUAUACUAGAGCUCUAAUCAAAGAGAAAUUGACUGAAGAUGCUGAUUGUGAAAUUGCCACAACAAUGCUGAAGGUGUCAUUGAAUUGUCCCCUGGGUAAAAUGAAAAUGUCAAUACCAUGCCGUGCAUCAACCUGUUCCCACUUGCAGUGCUUUGAUGCCAGUCUUUACCUGCAGAUGAACGAACGUAAGCCCACCUGGAAUUGUCCUGUGUGUGAUAAACCUGCCGUUUAUGAUAAUCUUGUUAUUGAUGGCUACUUCCAAGAAGUGUUGGCCUCAAAUCUGCUUAAACCCGACGACACUGAAAUCCAAUUACACAAAGAUGGUUCAUGGAGUACACAUAGCCUGCGUAAUGAGGGCCAAGUUUUGGAUACACCCACCAAGCCAGUUGAAAAAGUCGAAGUUAUUUCAGAUGACAUAGAACUUAUCACCACAGAAGAUGUUAAACCAGUGAAAUCAGCACCCGCAGCAAUUACAGCAUCUGCAAGUGAACAACCAUCAUCGACCACAAAUAGUGAAACGGUGGAUCUAACACUCAGCGAUUCCGAUGAUGACCUACCUUUGGCUAAGCGUCGACCAAUUGCUAAACAAACUACACAAGCCGGUGCAGCUUCAUCUACGAUGAACGGUAACGGUGGGGGUAAUAAUCAAAGAGGCAUGUAUAUGCCACAAAAGAAUGAAGGUGGCGAUCUGAUGCCGGAUCAAAUUCUUAUGGAUUUACGUCAAAAUAAUUCAACAAUGAAAACAGCUUCUGGAACAGUGGCAACUUCCGGUGCAUCACCAUCAGCAGCUCAACGUUUAGCCCAUGUCGGCGGUGUUGUGACAUCAUCAACGCAAAUUGCAAAUAAUACAAAUAAUAAUACAGCAGCGGAUAUGUAAAUUCUACAAAUCUUCAACUAUAUCAAGUUUUAGUAUUUUGUGUAAACAAAUGUAAAUGCAUUUAACACAACUAAAGACUACUGUGGAGUUAUACAUUAUUUAUAUGUUUUAAUAUAAGAUAAAUAUUUAUUAAUGUUUUUUCUUUAACAUAUUUAGUUAGUUAUACAAUCAAUUAGUUUAAAUAGUUUAUAUUUUAGGAUCUGAGAGUUGGCAGAGAUCUACAUAUAUGAUCGAAAGGCCAGACAUAUGUCAAUAUUUUUCAAAGAACUUGGCUAUUUCUUUUCUUGACACACUUGAAAUAUGUGUCUCCAUUUCUAAACCAGAAUAUUUAUAAUAAUGCUUAAAUUAUAAUAAGAAUGGUAAUUUUUUUAUUCAUAUAAAAAUAUCUGCUAAGCUGUUUAAAAUCGGUGGGGUACUGAAAAGCUAAUAGCCUAUAUUAAAGCUAAUGGCUACACUACUCUAUUAUACAGAACAUUAAAAACAAAAAUUAUUCAAAGGUUCUGAAGUACCAAUUCUGUUUUGUGCGAGUUCAUGAGAAAAGAAAAUACCUAUUUUUAAAGAACUUUACAAUUUCCUGACAAACUCGAAAAAUUAUAAAAAUCCAAGACAAAAAACUAUCACCGUUUAAAAUUGAACAUUACUUUAUUAUAAAAUAAACUAAAAUAAUCAUGUUUUUUAUUUUCCAUGGACUCCAACUAAAAAGAAUUGAUACAUUACAAAGGGUACCAAAAGGUUAUUCGCAUUCAAUAUUGAGAAUGAGAUUGUCCUGAUUUUAUCUCAAAAUGUGAAGACUUAUUUUAAGGCUAUGAAUCUGUUUAAAAACUGAAGGUAAUUUGUUAUUACGAUCAUCGUAUGUCACUAAAACAAAGGACGAAUCUGUUCAUAAAUUAGAAUAGAGUAACAAGUCAUACAAUUUCCCCCCGACCUAUUUAACUUGUCUUUUGUAUUAUGCUUCACAUGCCAUGGAAUGGGUUGUUGUGAGUUAAAAUAAUCCAAUGCAAAACUUAAAUUUUUGUCAAAUGUUCCACAUGCUUUCUAAUAUAUAUAUUUUAAUUAGAAUUUUAUUAUUUAAAUACUUCAUUUCACCUCUAAACCUUAUAAAUUAACAACAAUCCCUCAAAAUCGACAUCCACUCGAUAACAUUAUGCAUUCAAAAUUUGUAUUUAAAUAAGUUCAAAAGUGUCAAUCCUGAAAUGCUUUUGUAUUUGCAUCUAAUAAUUUUGAAAAGGGUUCAUUUUUAUAAAAAGAAUCUGUCGCAUUGUAUAUUCUGCCGCGAUAUUGAGUGGAGGAUGUCCUGACAUCAUAAAAAAUUGGUGUUUAUGUCUGUUUGGCUAAAAUAGUUAAACUACUGCAUAUAUUUAGAAAUAAGAAAUGGAUUGCUACACACUUCCAGUGAAGUGUAGAGUUUGAAUUGUAUGUAAGUGAUGGCUGGAUGACAUAUUCCCUUUAUUUCCGUCAAAUUUGAUGUAUUUACUUGGUGUAAAGAUAAAUAUUCAACACAAAGUAAAGAAAUCAUUUCAUUAUCUUACUUUUUUUGAUAUGCCUAUGUAAACUAAAUAAAAUAUAAAUUUUAUUUAUUGCAAUGAUUUUUUGUUUAUUGUUUUACACAUUUUUCCUAUAAUUUUUAGUUUUUCUGUUUGUUUUUUUUUUUCUUAACAAACAUUUAGGUAAGCAAACCACUCUGCCACAUUACUUAAAAAAAAAAUGUUUUAGAAAAAAAAAAACCUGAAGCCUAAUAGCAACAAAUCCUAUACACAACAACAACUACCAUAAGAAAAUAAAAUAAACAAAAAAAGAAAACAAAACUGAAAAAAACUAUUAUUAAAAAAUAUAUAUUUAAAAGCAAAGAAUAUAUAUAUCACAAUGAAUAAAAAUAAGCAUACUGCUACAGUAUAAGAAUAACUAAUAAAUGUAAAUAAAUCAAAAUAAAAAAACAUUAAAUCUAUUUUAUUGUUCUUAGUUAUAGACUUUCAAAUCAUGAAUAGAUGACACACUUUUUUUUAACUCUAAUCCCAAUAAAAUUAGUAACAAAAAACAUGUUCUUUUUAUAAUUUUGUGUAUAAAAUAGUGCUACAUACACUUAAGCUGAAAUGGAAAAACAAAGUUAUGAAAUAAACAAAAUACAUUAACAAUACAUUGUAAAGUAAAACCAAAAGACAAAAAAAAAUCACCUAAAAA